AUGCGUUUCUCCUUCAUCACAAGCGCCCUGCUGCUGGCAGUCACCUCGAUCGCAUCUCCAGUGCCGGUCACCGAGGUCGAAGCCGUCGAGGUCAACGAACUGGUCGCACGCCAGUCUGCCACCACUUGCGGUAGCACCUCCUACACUGCCAGUCAGGUCAGCGCGGCCGUCAGCAAGGGUUACGGCUACUACCGCAACAACCAGCAGGUCGGUAGCAACAACUACCCUCACACUUACAACAACUACGAGGGUUUCAACUUCCGUGUCAGUGGACCUUACCAGGAGUUCCCAUUGCUCCGCAGUGGUACCUACAGUGGUGGCUCCCCCGGCGCAGACAGAGUGGUGUUUAACACUGCCGGACAAUAUGGUGGCGCCAUCACCCACACUGGUGCUUCUUCUAGCAACGCCUUUGUUGGAUGCUCGGGUACCAGCUAG